ACACAUACUGCUAAUAAUGUGUAAUACAAUGUGCAGGUAUCUUACUAAUGUUUUUCAUGACAUUGUGAUAUCAAUCAAUGUAACUAUUUAAGAUCACAUCACAGCAUAUUGCUUCGCUUAACCAUCAGCAAUAAUCAUAAAGUCAUAAUGAGCUGAAGUUGAGAAAGCUGAGAUGUGCCACGUAGCCGUGUUGAUUGACCUGCUCUCUACAUGUAAGUAAAAAGGACUUGGGAUUAGUCUUUCUGCCCAUAGGGUAAACCAAUCAGUACACACUUAUCAUGAUGUCCAAGUACAAAAAUAGCAGCACCAGGUUAUUUAAGGACGACAAGACAGUGAAGUUACCAUCGAUUGCUAGUUAUCGGUCACAAUUAGUGCUGUUAUCUGAUGUAAUUCGGGACGAGAUGCACUGCCUGAGCCGAACCCCCAGGUCUUACCUGGUCAACUCUUACAGCGAUGUGAAAGAAGUUGACGAGAGCAAAAGGGAAUCAUAUGAAGCCACCUGGUUAGACCUGGUGAUGGAGACAAGAGCAGAGUACAAAGAUACACUUACUGAGAAAGACUCAGCACGAAAGGAGUCUUACGAACGAAAGCGUGUGCGUCAUUUUGUCGUGCGCCGGUUCCUCGAUCAGACCUUUUGCACUGGUGAAGAUGGAACAAAGUUGCAUAAGUAUCAUCUCCCAUAUAAAACCGCGCUUCCGCUGCAGAUCUUCGUGCCCAGGAAUCUCAGCACUACACCAGAGACACACAGAGAGCCGUCGCCUUCCUGUUUGAGCUCAGACAGAGACUCUGAGAAGACCUGGAGUCGAAAGAGAGUGCUGUGGUCCGGUGUGGAAGACAUAAUACAACCGGAGAGGACAGAGUUCAGAGUGCGCACACUUGUAUCACCAGCGAGGGACUUGGGACGUGACUUCCAGCGGACAUAAAGAACAACACGUGAUAAUAGAGUGUUAAAGCCUUCAGUAUUCUUAUUUAUUAUACUACAGCACUGUUGAAUUCUCAAAUCUGAUUCGUCAGAAGGGGUUGAUUAAUUUUCUAUAACAGCAGUUCUGACAGUAGUUCUAGCUGGAAGAACAA